AAGAUGUCAAAUGCCCAUUUAUGUAUGAUUUUGACUUGAACAAUUUCCGUCUAUUAUUCGUCAAUAACGUGGUCGUUAUGGUUAUAUUUGAUUGUAAUUAAAUCAAAUAUUAGUUUAUCUUAUAUGUGUAACCAAUUGCAAGCAAUUAGCAGAAUUAUUUUCAAUUAGUUAAUCAUGUCUAAACGCCGAAUAGAUAUCAUAGAUCCUUUUAUUAAAAAGAAAAGGGAAGAACGUGGAAUGUCCCUGACAACUACAAAUGUCCUACCAAAAGUCAAUUCAUCGAUUAAUCCUUUGACUGGAUUACCCUUUACUCAACGUUACCAUAACCUCUACAGCAAACGUAUAUUGUUGCCAGUAUUCGAGUAUAAGGCCGAUUUCACUAGACUGCUUCAUGAGAAUCAGUGUAUUGUGUUAGUCGGAGAAACUGGUUCAGGAAAGACAACCCAAAUACCGCAGUGGUGUGUGGAUUAUGCAAGGUCGGUAGGAAAGAAAGGUGUCUGCUGUACUCAACCAAGAAGAGUAGCUGCAAUGUCCGUAGCUCAACGUGUUUCCGAGGAAAUGGACGUUGCGCUUGGACAAGAAGUCGGUUACAGCAUUCGAUUUGAGGAUUGUUCGUCUGCGAAAACUAUUCUCAAAUACAUGACUGAUGGUAUGUUGCUGAGGGAGGGAAUGAGUGAUCCUAUGCUGGAGGCGUAUCAGUGCAUUCUUCUUGAUGAAGCUCAUGAACGUACACUUGCAACGGACAUAUUAAUGGGAGUGUUAAAAGAAGUGGUUAAACAGCGAAGCGACUUAAAAUUGGUCAUUAUGUCUGCCACACUUGACGCUGGCAAAUUUCAACAGUACUUUGAUAACGCACCACUAAUGAACGUGCCAGGAAGAACUCAUCCCGUCGAAAUUUUCUACACCCCUGAACCCGAAAGAGACUAUUUAGAAGCCGCAAUUCGAACUGUGAUUCAGAUACACAUGUGCGAGGAGAUAGCCGGUGACAUUUUACUAUUUCUGACAGGUCAAGAGGAGAUCGAAGCAGCUUGUAAAAGAAUUAAGAGAGAAAUCGAUAACCUCGGACCAGAAGUAGGUGAACUUAGAUGCAUUCCGUUAUACUCCACACUGCCACCUAAUCUGCAACAAAGAAUUUUUGACGAUCCACCACCAAAGAAAGCUAACGGAGCAAUCGGUCGCAAAGUCGUAGUGUCCACAAACAUUGCCGAAACCUCACUUACUAUCGAUGGGGUUGUCUUUGUAAUCGACCCGGGCUUUGCCAAACAAAAAGUGUACAAUCCCAGAAUACGUGUCGAAUCACUUUUAGUUUCGCCAAUCAGCAAAGCUUCUGCUCAGCAAAGAGCUGGUCGUGCUGGACGUACCCGACCUGGAAAAUGUUUCCGUCUCUACACAGAGAAGGCUUACAAGAACGAAAUGCAGGACAACACAUAUCCAGAAAUUUUAAGGUCCAAUUUAGGAUCCGUAGUGCUACAAUUGAAGAAGUUGGGAAUCGACGACUUGGUUCACUUUGACUUCAUGGACCCACCUGCCCCCGAAACUCUUAUGAGAGCGCUGGAGUUGUUAAAUUAUUUAGCGGGUUUGGACGAUGACGGAAAUCUCACAGAUUUAGGCGCUGUAAUGGCCGAAUUCCCCUUGGAUCCACAACUUGCUAAAAUGCUUAUUGCGAGCUGCAAUCACAACUGUUCCAAUGAAAUAUUGUCGGUGACCGCUAUGCUGUCAGUCCCACAGUGUUUCGUGCGUCCGAACGAUGCCAAGAAAGCAGCCGAUGAUGCCAAGAUGCGAUUUGCACAUAUUGAUGGUGACCAUCUGACCCUUCUGAAUGUCUACCACGCAUUUAAACAGAACAUGGAAGAUCCCCAGUGGUGCUAUGAUAAUUUUAUAAAUUAUCGAUCCUUAAAGUCUGCAGACAAUGUAAGGCAACAACUCUCUAGGAUCAUGGACCGUUUCAACCUUAAGAGAACUUCUACAGAUUUCAGCAGCAAGGAUUAUUAUAUUAACAUACGGAAAGCAUUAGUAAAUGGAUUUUUCAUGCAAGUAGCUCAUUUGGAAAGAACUGGCCAUUAUCUAACCAUUAAAGAUAAUCAAAUGGUACAACUCCAUCCGUCCACCUGUCUGGACCAUAAACCCGAAUGGGUGAUCUAUAAUGAAUUUGUUUUAACCACGAAAAAUUAUAUACGUACAGUGACAGAUAUUAAAGCUGAGUGGUUAUUGAAAAUAGCUCCGCAGUAUUAUGACUUGCAGAACUUCCCCCAGUGUGAAGCCAAACGCCAAUUGGAAAUAAUUCAAACUAGAUUAGAAUCUCAGCAGGGUUUCUAAUUAGUAGAUGAAUGGUAGUUUAUAUUUUCGUAUAUUUAUGAUUAAUUGAAACUGAUGUUAGCACUAAUUAUCUAAUUUGGAAAUUGAUUAUUGCAGCAAUGUAUUGUAAAUUUGCAUUCCAAAUAAAUAUUCAUUUUCUGGUGGAAA